AUGAAGUUUAACAUUGCAAACCCGGCCACGGGUGAACAAAAGACCAUUGACCUCGACGACGAGCGUCGCUUCCGUCACUUUUACGAAAAGCGCAUCUCGCAAGAGGUUCCAGGCGACCCGCUCGGAGACGAAUGGAAGGGCUACAUCUUCCGUAUCACCGGUGGAAACGACAAGCAAGGUUUCCCAAUGAAACAAGGCGUCCUCCUCCCAUACCGUGUCCGCCUUCUCCUCGCCGACGGUCACUCGUGCUACCGACCCCGACGAACGGGUGAACGCAAGCGCAAGAGUGUCCGUGGCUGCAUCGUCGGUCCGGAUAUCGCCGUUCUUUCUUUGGUCAUUGUCAAGCAGGGCGAGCAGCCAAUUCCCGGUCUCACCGAAAACGUCCUCCCCAAGCGUCUCGGUCCCAAGCGAGCGACCAAGAUUCGCAAAUUCUUCAACUUGAGCAAAGAGGAUGACGUUCGCAAGUUUGUCAUUCGUCGCGAGGUCAAGAGCAAGAAGAAGGAAGACGCAAAGCCGUAUACCAAGGCUCCCAAGAUUCAGCGUCUCGUCACUCCCAUCCGUCUCCAGCGACGCCGUCACCUCCGCUCGCUCAAGAACCGAAGACUCGCUGCUCAGAAAAACGAAAAGAAGGAGUACGAGGCACUCCUUGCCAAGCGUCGCGACGAGAAGAAGCAGAAAAUCGCUGCCAUCAAGGCCGCCCACAAGAAAGCUGCAUAA